UCCAACUCUAGGUGGCAGCGUCGUCUUCUAGCACCACCGUAGGCAGCAUUGGAUAUCAGUGUGUUAGGUCCACCCGCGGGGGAUUGGCUGGCACAGCAGACCACAUGCCGUGUGCCUGCUAUUAUUGUUUGAAAGACCUUCUGUCCCUCGCUUUAGUUGAACAUCAGCCAAUAGUUUGCGGCUGGGAAUAUCAAUAUGAUGACACCAAGAAGAGCCAGUUCAUGCCAUGAGACAUGCCCCUGUAUUUAUGGCUUUAACCAAUAAUACCCUUUCUUGAUUUGUUAGGAGGGGGAUAAGAUAUAAAAGGGCUUCCAGGGCUCUGAGCCUUCGACUCAUCUCAUUUUCUAGCAUUUCUCAGAUCAGGUAUUUGGAUACCAAGCAGCAAGUACGUGCCUUUUCAUCAGUUAUCUCCUCCUUGUCUUUUUGUACAUGCUAACAUAAGUUGAAUAACAGUUCGCAGCAGCAGCCAUUGGCGGGAAAAAUUCAGCAUUCAUAACUACCACUCGCUUUCGAGUAAGUCACCGUUGAUGUUGGAGGAGACAGAGUGUUCAGAGUCGAGUCACCUAACUAAUACAGCAGCAGGAUGUCAACCAGCUCAGGGAAAAAAGGCUGGUGUAAAGUCUGCCAGCAUCUCAAUGACGCGCAUUCCUAUUAUACCUGAACCGUCGUAGGCUGCCGGAAGGUGUUCAAAAUAUGCCAGACUGGAAGCCACACCGACAUCGAUGACAACGCCUAUGUUUUGUGCCAGUGGUGCCCAUCUCAUCCUUACAGCUGCCAGCACGACGUCACCAAUAUGCGCCGCCUAUAUCCGUACAAAUGAAAAAAUAACUAUCCCGGUAUCAAGGAUGGAUGACUUACGGCUCCGGAGGGGUACGGGUAGUUAACUAGUUACAGAAAUAACAAGGGUUAAUUAAACGAUUUGCCAGGCGUUGUUUUACCACUUAACUAGUUACUUAAGUUAACUGUUACUCUUUGUAUGUAAUGAUUCGUUGCCUUCGUUGCCCAAUUCAGGUUAUGCGCCAGUCAAAACUUAGUUUAAACUAGUUAGUUGUCAGGGACGAGCUACUGGAGUCUGGUUAGUUACUAAACUUAGAAUUGUAAUAUUAAUUGUUAGGGUUACUAGUUAGUUACAAAGCUAGUUAACUAAACACAUAACAAACUUAAAAUACUCCCCAGUCGCUGCAUCUGGGGUGCUUCACCUAGCUUGUACAAGAAGAUGCAUCAGAGGACUGCCUCAUCUCAAGCAUGCUCACACUUCCAGCUCACUCUCUAGCAUUACCUUUCACGAUGGAAUCUGAAGACGCCGUACGUCCAAGUCCAGAAAGCUGUCGCGCUGUGUAUGAAAACGGCUUUUGUACCUGGACAAGGCUUCUCUCUCGCGCUCAGCUAGAGCCUGGGCUGCCCAAGAUCUGCUUCCACAUACAGCCCGCACUUCAAAAUACACCCCCAUUGAUCCAUGAGUUGGACCUGAAGUGUCAAUACAAUCGUCUCUACGCGGCUGGCACGUCGAUCUGGGAAACUUCGCGCGGCCAAUGCAAGUUACCUCGUGUGGAAAGGGGACUUACGCUCGCAGUCUCUAUCGACAAUCCAACACAGCUUGCUCUCUCUCAGAACCAGGAACCGAUAUAUCAGAAAUGGUUUAAUCAUGGAGACAAUCAUCUUUCCGUGCUGAUAUCGGCGUGGAGCUACAUAUUCUCUGCGCGUUGGGUGGAGCUUAUGCCGGGAGCCGAGAUGGCAUAUACUGCAACCCACGCGGACUAUGCCAGCCUCAACACGGGAGAUGGGCGGACCAAAGUCAUGGUAGACGUAGGAGACGUCGAUGAGGAUACCGCCAGAUGGUGGGCUGCUGUCUUGUCUCCUGGAGAGGGAUGGCAGGCCUCCCUUACGUGGGAGAGUGCAAUAGUUCGAUCCCCUUGGUCGACUGCUUUGGAAUCAGUCGAGCAGUAUACCCUUUCCUGCCGUGCUCCUCUGUGUUAUACACCAACUGCCCCGCCUUCUUUUACUACUGCGGCUCGGUUUCUCGCGGAAUACUGCAAUCUACACAACAUUGUUGACCAGGCUGUGGCCGCGCUCUCAUCAGUUUUAUUCCUCCCUAUGCUAAAUAGCAAGAAAACCCCAGUGUCACUCCCAAGGCCAUUUUUUCAUGAGAAGCCGAGCCAUCAAUCAGCCGUGCCGGAGACCAAAGAGCCGAAGCAAUGUGGCUUUAUAUUGGAUCAGAUAAUGCCAGAGUUGGACAGGUUAUUGACAUUGAGUUGCAACACACGAGGACUGCUCUCUCUUUUGUCGAGUGUAUUUUACGAACCUGGGAUACCUUGCAAUGCCGUAAGCCCAUGGACGCAGGCUAUAUUUGCUGUUCUUGACUCUGUCGAGGAGAGCCAUCUACUUGGUUAUAUUCUGAUGCAUCGAGUCCCGCAAGUUUCUUUCCUUUGGCUCGGUGGUAUAAUCACGGGUACUCAGAAAAAUAUCCUCCGAGAAGGUCGAUACGGUAUAACAUCAAUUGAACCCCAUGCCGCAUCAUGGUGUGGCGUCACACAAUCGUUUAUACAGGCGCCUGUAUCGCAACCACUAAUCACUAAUGGAGCACUUUCAAGAUCGGAUGAGUGCCGACUUCUCUAUCUCAGCCAAGCAGAACUGAACCGUGGGUGGCCGCUGGUUCCAUGGAUGCCCUUUGGUACCACAGUGCUCGAAGAUGCCGAAAUUGAGGUUCGUCUGCACACACAAUGUACUGGUCACGAUCUGCAAUAUGCGGAUUGGUAUUGGGCCUGUCGAGACAGCAAACGGGUACAUCCAAUAUGCGUGAUAGCCACUAUGCCUACCUUUACACUAACGGAGGACCUGCCAAUAAAUAUACCGAUCAGCUAUGAAGCUCUGAAUCCAGAGAACGAAUCAGCGUCACAACAUGCUACACGAAAUAUUUUUAUCUGGCUCCGGAAUAAUGAAUUCUCGGCACGCGAGCAAGGAAUACGUAACCACGACUGGGUGGCUUUUGAUGAAUCCGAUGAUGAUUCACUACUCUCGAAGGAGUCAUCAAGGAGCGAUAAAGCCUCCGUGCUAAAGGCAGUGGAAGACUGGAUAUUAAAUUCAUGUUGACUUAGGAUGUUACAUUUACAAUAAUCUAUACUCUCUAUUCUAUAUGAACUGCAAUAUAUAGUGCCGCGAUAAGAUAACUAUGUUGUCUUGCCUUCUCUAACCCGGAGAAAUGCACUUUCGGGUGGCUCUGCUUGCGAUGGGAACGAAGAAGGGAAAUCCUGCAGAGGCGCUGAUGAUAAUAUUAUCGCUUUUCUGUCUCUCUUCUCCCUGCCAGUCCCAGAAACCGCCCAUAUAUGCGACUACACGGCCCCACUGCUAGUACAGACUAGGAUUCUGGAGCCUUCCUCUUAGCCGUUGAAUGUUGGUCUCGUCGAGGUACUAGCAAUGCAGCACUCGCUUACGAAUCUCGGAUACUGGCCGCAAGAGACAGAGAAACCAGAAGGGAUAUCCAUAGCAGUGCAGGACCAUUGCUAUCCUGCUGCAGAAGAUGCAGUCUCAGCCACGGAGAGCCUCUCACUCUUCCCGCUAGCUGGCGACGAGCGUGUGUUCGCA